AUGAGGAGGCUUCACGUGGGAGGAGGGAGGCUGCUCCUGGUGAAAAACAACCCAGCAUCAUCCCUCUGAUGUACUGUACAACACACUCCACAAUAACACACUCCAAAGUACACUCGACACACCAACACCAACCGUCAGGGCUGCACUGACCUGCGCUGGGGCACAAGCCCUCACACAACACAACACAACACAACACAACAGUGUGUGUACUUAUUUCCAAUACAAAUAUGAAUAGACACACAGCUCGGAUGGAAGUGUACCAUAAAGCAAUUGCGCUUAUUCACUGUUACAACCGCUCCUCCCCUCACAACAGCAAGCUCCAUCCAUCCAUUUCCAUGCGUUGUCAUUUCAUCGAUAUAUUUUCCACAUCCACCAAUUAGGCAGAUUCUGAUUCCUCAGAGCGUCUCCUUGUGUGCGUCCCAAAUGGCACCCCUUUAUAGUGCACUACUUUGACCAGGGCUUGGUGGAAAGUAGACCACUAUAGAGGGAAUAAUGUGCCAUUUGGGACACAGCCCCAGUCGCUUUCUAUCAGCCUCCCUCAUUAGGAUGCCAGCAUGUGGUUUGUUUAUUCUUGACCUUGGAUCCUGCCAGGUGCUCUAAUGAACUUUGUUUAAUCACAGGCCAGAGACCAGAUUUAUAGACAUAGAGACUUGCUGAUUUAGACCAACUAGACUGCAGAGCAGAGAGACUACAUCAAACACACUGCAGAAUAGCUACUAGACAAUGAUAGCUACUGUAUCAAAACUGAGACAGGAAGAGGCUGAGACAGACAGAGACAGAGAGAGAGAGGGGGGGGGGGGGGGGGAGAUCAAGUCAGAUCAACUCUAGAGAAUGACAGAGACAUAACAUCUAGACACGUAUAGUGUAACUCACUAUAUAAAGCCGACCCGUCUAGAACACUGGCACUCCGGUCAUGUGAGGAUGUGAUAGCUCAAUUAUCACCUGUCUCUUCUCCUUCCAUCACUCUCUCCUCCACACAUCCCUACCCUUUCUCUCUCUAUUUUUCCUCUCUCUCUUUGCCAGAUGAGCCCUGCACGCCAUGCCAUACAAUGACCCCAAUUCUCUCCUCUCCUCUUCUCUUCCCUUACACCCCCCCCCCUCCCCCCCUCAGGUAGAUGUGGAGGCCCUGGACCCCCGGGGUCGGACCCCCCUCCACCUGGCUGUCACUCUGGGUCACCUGGACUGUGCCCACCUGCUCCUCCAACAUGGUGCCGACGUCAGCAAGGAGAACCGCAACGGAUGGACGGGUGAGACAGGGAGGGGUAGUAAUAGUAAUAGUAGUAGUAGGAGUAGUAGGAGUAUUAAUAGUAGUAGUAGUUGUAGUUGUAGUAGUAGGUGUAGUAUUAGUAGUAGUAAAAGUAGUAGUAGUCAUAGGAGUAGUAGUAGUAAGAGUAGUAGUAGGAUUAGUAGCAGUAGUAGUAGUAGUUGUUGUUUGUUGUUGUUGUUGUAGUAGUAGUAAUAUAAGUAGUAGUAGUAGUAAUAGUAGUAAUAGUAAUAGUAGUAAUAUAAGUAGCAGUAGUAGGUGUAGUAGUAAUAGUAGUAGUAAUAAUAUAAGUAGUAGUAAUAGUAGUUGUAGUAGGAGUAGUAGUAGUACUAGUAGUAAUAUAAGUAGUAGUAGUCAUAGGAGUAGUAGGAGUAGUAGCAGUAUUAGUAGUAGUAGUAGUAGUAGUAGUGCAGCAGCAGCAACAGUAGUAGUAGUAGUAGUAGUAGUAGUUGCUGUAGUAGUAGUAGUAGUAGUAGUAGUAGGAGUAGCAGAGUAGUAGUAAUAGUAGUAGUAGUAAUAGUAGUAAUAGAAGUAGUAGUAGUAGGUGUAGUAGGAGUAGGAGGAGUAGUAGUAAUAGUAGUAGUAAUAAUAUAAGUAGUAAUAGUAGUAAUAGUAAUAGUAGUAAUAGUAGUUGUAGUAGGAGUAGCAGUAGUACUACUACUAGUAGUAAUAUAAGUAGGAGUAGGAGUAGUAAUAGUUGUAGUAAAUAGUUGAGUUAGUAGUAAGUAGAAUAUAAGUAUGUGGAGUUAGUAAAGUAGUAGUAGUAAGAGGUAGUAGUAGUGAGUAGUAGUAGUAGUUAGUAGUAGUAGUAGUAGUAGUAGUAGUAGUAGCAGAGUAGUAGUAGUGCGUAGUAGUAGUAGUAGUAGUAGUAGUAAUAUAGUAGUUAGUAGAGAGUAGUAGUAUGUGUAGUAAUAGUAGUAGUAGUAAGUAGUAGUAUAUAAGUAGUAGUAGGUAGGUGUAGUAGUAGUAGUAUAUGUAGUAUAGUAGUAGUAGGUAAUAUAAGUAGUAUAGUAGGUAGUAGUAGUAGUAGUAGUAGUAGUAGUAGUAUAGUAGUAGAGGAGGUAGUAGAUAGUUGUAGUAGUAGUAGUAGUAGUAGUAUGUAGUAGUAGUAGUAGUAGUGUAGUAAGUAGAGGAGGAGUAUAGCAGUAGGAGUAGUAGUAGUAGUAGUAGUAGUUGUAGUAAUAGUAGUAGUAAUAGAAGUAGUAGUAGUAGUAGUAGUAGUAGUAGUAGUAGGAGGAGGAGUAGCAGUAGGAGUAGUAGGAGUAGUAGUAGUAAUAUAAAUAGUAGUAGGAGUUGUAGUAGUAGCAGUAGGAGUAGUAGUAGUACUAGUAGGAGUAGUAGCAGUAUCAUUAGUAGGAGUAGUACUAGUAGCAGUAUCGGUAGCAGUAGCGGUAGAAAACUUUAUCAUCCCUCAAGGGGAAAUUGUUUUUUCAGCAGAAUCAUCCAUAAAACACAACAGGCAUGUGUACUGUGAAAGCAUAGAUACAUUGGCUAGGAAAAGUCUAAUAGUGACUCAUCAUUAAAGGCUGGAAGGAUGUACUGUAUAUAAUCUCUAUAGAAAUAGAUUGAGGGGAUUGGAUUCUACAAAUAGGAACCAUUUGUUUGUGGCUGGAUCUAGUCAAGUAAUUAGGCACACUUGCUUUUAAAUGCACUUAUUGAUUAUUUUAAAUGAAAUUGAAAUUGAUUGGGUAGGUUAGUCAGAGUUUCCUCAGAGAGUUGGUUAGUCAGAGUUUCCUCAGAGAGUUGAUUGAGGACUGUGGCACUGGGAAGGGACCUGUAUAGUAUAGUAUAGUAUACUAUAGUAUAAUGUAGUGUAGUAUAGUGUAUAGCACAGCACAGUAUAGCAUAGUUCAGAGCAGCACAGUAUAGUACAGCAUACACUCACUGGCCAGGUUAUUAGGUUCACCCAUCUAGUACCGGGUCGGACCCCCCUUUGCCUCCAGGACAGCCUGAAUUCUUCAGGGCAUGGAAACGUUGCUCAAUUGGUAUCAAGGGUAUCAAACAUUCCCCACACCAUUACACCACCGCCACCAGCAUGUACCGUUGACACCAGGCAGGAUGGGGCCAUGGACUCAUGCUGCUUAUGCCAAAUCCUGACUCUGCCAUCAGCAUGACGCAACAGGAACUGGGAUUCGUCAGAUCAGGCGAUGUUUUUCCACUCCUCAAUUGUCCAGUGUUGGUGAUCGCGAGCCCACUGGAGCCCACUGGAGCCCACUGGAGCCCGCCUGUUAGCUUGCAAGAUUCUUUCCAUUCUCCAUUGACCUCUCAUCAACUAGCUAUUUUCGCCCACAGGACUGCCGCUGACUGGAUGUUUUUUGUUUGUCGCACCAUUCUUGGUAAACCCUAGACACUGUCGUGUGUGAAAAGCCCAGGAGGCCGGCCGUUUCUGAGAUACUGGAACCGGCGUGCCUGGCACCGACGAGUCUACCACGCUCAAAGUCGCUUAGCUCACUAAUUUUGCCCAUUCUAAUGUUCAAUCGAACAGUAACUGAAUGCCUCGAUGCCUGUCUGCCUGCUUUAUAUAGCAAGCCACGGCCACGUGACUCACUGUCUGCAGUUGCGAACCAUUUUCGCGAACCAUAGACUGGCCUCUGAGGAUGUGUGUCUAUAUGUAAGGUGAAGAUUGCCUUUUUCUCUCCCAUAGUGCUCCAGGAGGCAGUCAGCACACGAGACCCAGAGCUGGUGCGCCUAGUUCUGCAUUACCGUGACUACCAGCGGACCAGUAAGAGACUGGCGGGAAUCCCUGUCCUCCUGGAGAGACUGCACCAGGUGAGAGGCACUGACACCGAACACAAGUACAGAGCACAACAGCAACUUCAGACUACAGACAUUUAGGAAACACUUGUAGAUAUACAAUACCAGUCAAAAGUUUGGACACACCUACUCAUUCAAGGGUUUUUCUUUAUUUUAACUAUUUUCUACAUUGUAGAAUAAUAGUGAAGACAUCAAAACUAUGAAAUAACACAGAUGGAAUCAUGUAGUAACCAAAAAGUGUUAAACAAAUCCAAAUAUAUUUUAUAUAUGAGAUUCUUCAAAGUAGCAAACCUUUGCCUUGAUGACAGCUUUGCACACUCUUGGCAUUCUCUCAACCAGCUUCACCUGGAAUGCUUUUCCAACAGUCUUGAAGGAGUUCCCACAUAUGCUGAGCACUUUUUGGCUGCUUUUCCUUCACUCUGCGGUCAUCCCAAACCAUCUCAAUUGGGUUGAGGUCGGGUGAUUGUGGAGGCCAGGUCAUCUGAUGCAGCACUCCAUCACUCUCCUUCUUGGUAAAAAUAGCCCUUACACAGCCUGGAGGUGUGUUGGGUCAUUGUCAUAUUGAAAAACAAAUGAUAGUCCCACUAAGCCCAAACCAGAUGUGAUGGCGUAUCGCUGCAGAAUGCAUUUAUUUGGGCUGCAAUUACUAAGGCUGGUAUCUCUAAUGAACUUAUCCUAUGCAGCAGAGGUAACUCUGGGUCUUCCAUUCCUGUGGCAGUCCUCAUGAGAGCCAGUUUCGUCAUAGCGCUUGAAGGUUUUUGCGACAUUUCAGAAACUUUCAAAGUUAUUGAAAUGUUCCGUAUUGACUGACCUUCAUGUCUUAAAAUAAUGAUGGACUGUCAUUUCUCUUUUCUUAUUUGAGCUGUUAUUGCCAUAAUAUGGACUUGGUCUUUUACCAAAUAGGGCUAUCUUCUGUAUACCACCCCUACCUUGUCACAACACAACUAAUUGGCUCAAGUGCAUUAAGAAGGAAAUAAAUUCCACAAAUUAACUUUUAAGAAGGCACACCUGUUAAUUGAAAUGCAUUCCAGGUGACUACCUCAUGAAGCUGGUUGAGAGAAUGCCACGAGUGUGCAAAGCUGUCAUCAAGGAAAAGGGUGGCUAUUUGAAGAAUCUCAAAUAUACGUGUUCGUCUUCACUAUUAUUAUACAAUGUAAAAAAUAUUAAAAAUAAAGCAAAACCGUUGAAUGAGUAGGUGUGUCCAAACCUUUGACUAGUACUAUAUAUGUUUUGACCAUGACAGUUUACAAUCUAAGGUAACACCAAGUAAUUUAAUUUCCUAAACUUGAUCAACAGCCACACCAUUCAAUACCAGAUUUGUACCAAAUACAAUGCUCUUAGUUUUAGAGAUGUUCAGAACCAGUUUAUUACUGGCCACCCAUUCAGAAACUGACUGCAACUCCUGGUUAAGGGUUUCAGUGACUUCAUUAGCUGUGGUUGCUGACACGUAUAUGGUUGAAUCAUCAGUAUACAUGGACACACAGGCUUUGUUUAAUGCAAGUGGCAGGUUAUUGGUAAAAAUAGAAAAGAGUAGAGGGCCUAGAGAGCUGCGCAGCGGUACACCACACCCUACAUGUUUGACAUUAGAGAGGCUUCCAUUAAAGAAAACCCUCUGUUCUAUUAGAUAGAUAGCUCUGAAUCCAUUAUAUGGCAGAGUUUGAAAAGCCAUAAAACAUGUUUUCUCAACAACAGGUUAUGGUCAAUAAUAUCAAAGGCUGCACUGAAAUCUAACGGUACAGCUCCCACAAUCUUCUUAUCAAUUUCUUUCAACCAAUCAUCAGUAAUUUGUGUCAUUGCAGUAAAUGUUGAGUGCUCUUCUCUAUAAGCAUGCUGAAAGUCUGUUGUCAAUAGAGAAAUAGCAUUGUAUUUGGUCAAACACCAUUUUUUCCAACAGUUUGCUAAGAACUGGCAGCAAGCUGAUAUCUCUGCUGUUAGAACCAGUAAAGGUCGCUUUAUGAAUGACUUUGGCUUCCCUCCAGGCCUGAGGAAUAACACCUUCCUCUAGACUCAGAUUAAAGAUAUGACAAGUAGGAGUUGCCAUUGAGUCAGCUACCAUCUUCAGUAGCAUUCCAUCUAUGUUGUCAAUGCCAGGAGAUUUGUAAAAAAUAAAUCCACCUUUCCCACACUAACUUUACAAAAUUAAAACAUACAAUUAUUUUAUUUCAUAAUUGUUUUUUUUAUGCAUGAAUACGAUGGCUCACUCUUCGUUGUUGGCAUUUCCUGCCUAAGUUUUCCCACUUUGCCAAUGAAGUAAUCAUUAAAAUAAUUGGCAACAUCAAAUGGUUUUCUGAUGAAACAGUCAGUUUCUUAACAGGUGUAUGUUUAUCAAUAAUUGGAAGAAGUAAUUUAAUAUUUAAAAGGAUGCUCCUUAUUAAUCACAUCAGACCAACAUAUAUUUUUUAACAUCAUCCACAUAAGAGUCACAGCAAAAUCUUCUGUAUGAUCUUAUAUACUAUUUUAGGCCCAGCUUUUGGAACUUUGGCUUUCCUGGAUAUGGCCACUGUGAUCACUGCAUCUCAUGCGUACGGAUACAGUUAUCCAAUGUGUACGGAUACAGUUUAUGAUUGAUCUGCACCCCUUUCUUCAUCCCUCUCUCUUUCUCUCUCUCUCCCAAGUCCCCCCACUACUUAUUGUAUUAAUCCCACCUCCUCCAUAUCUGGCUGUGUCUCACCACCAGCCCUGGGAUGGGAUUGGAACAGCUACAGUCCUUUUUCCUGGCCACCCCAAGAAAAUUACUCUCUUUCUCUCCUUUUUCCUGUGGUGUCUUCCUUUCUCUCUCUCUCUCUUGUCCCUGGUCUGUGUGUGUAUUGUGUUGUGUUGUGUUGUAUUGUGUGUGUGUGGGUGUCUCCCCCCUUUCUCUCUUCUCUCUCUCUCUCUCUCUCUCUCUCUCUCUCUCUCUCUCUCUCUCUCCUCUCUCUCUCUCUCUCUCUCUCUCUCUCUCUCGCUCAAGGCUCAGGACUUUUACGUGGAGAUGAAAUGGGAGUUUACAAGCUGGGGUAAGUCAUAAUAAGUAAUGUUACCUGCCUCUCAGCUUUUUACCUGCCUGGAUUAUGGCUUCCUGCUUGACUGUAUAUGAGCUUGGUGACAGAUUUCCUUUCUCUGUGGGGCUGCAUUGUCUCCAUAGAAAUCGAAUCACUAGAAUGGUUAAGACCCCCAGAUCACGAGAAAAAAAAUAUUACACUCAAAAUGGCCGCCAGUCCAACCAUCACAGGGCCAUUAACUAGAAUGGGGGUGACCCCUGUUCUAGGAAUUAUAUUUCUAUGGUUGUCUAUCUCGCUCUCUCUCUUUCCUAGUGCCCCUGGUGUCUCGUAUCUGCCCCAGUGACACGUACCGUGUGUGGAAGAGUGGCCAGUGUCUGCGUGUAGACUCCACUCUCAUGGGCUUUGAUCAGAUGACCUGGCAGAGAGGAAACCGAAGCUUCAUCUUCCGGGGUCAAGGUCAGGGGUCAGGGGCCGGUGUAUGUGUGUGCAUGUGCGUGUGUGUUUAUGUGUGAGUGUUUGUGUGUGCAAUAGUGUGUGUGUAUGUGUGGUUGAGUCCUCUUUUCUAUUGUCACAGGACUUCCUUCCUUCCUUCUUUCCCCCUCUCACUGUCAUCAUUAUGUUAGUCACUUCCUGUCAGAUCUCUCCAACUCAGGACUAUAUCCUGUUUUGAUAUUACUUCCUCUCACUGUCUUUUAUUGACUCCUCCAGCUUUUUAAAUCCUCCUCCUCCUCCUUCUCCUCCUCCGUCUUUCUGUUUCACUCCAUCUCUGUCUAUAUGACCUUUCUUUUCAAUCUCUCUCGACUCUCCUCCUACGUAUGUCAGUCUAUUAUAUAGAGCCAUUAUGCCAUCUCAUAUUGCUCAAAUAAACAGCAAACCUGGUUUCAAAAAACAGAUAAAGCAACACCUCACGGCACAACGCCUCUCCCCUAUUUGACCUAGAUAGUUUGUGUGUAUGUAUUGAUAUGUAGGCUACGUGUGCCUUUAAAAUAAAAUGUAUGUAGCUCUGUCCUUGAGCUGUUCUUGUCUAUUAAUGUUCUGUAUUAUGUCUCAUGUUUCAUGUUUUGUGUGGACCCCAGGAAGAGUAGCUGCUGCUUUUGCAACAGCUGAUGGGGAUCCUAAUAAAAUACCAAAAAUACCAAAUAAACCUACUCUUCCCUACCUCUAUCUCUCUUACUCUCUGCCUAUCUCUUUCCAACCUGUCUUUCUCUCCCUUCCUGUCUCUCUCUAACCCAUCCAUCUUUCUGUUUGUCUCUCUCUAACCCAUCCUUCUCUUUGUUCAUCGCUCAGUCUAUCUCUCUAUAAAUCCAUAUUUAUUUCUCUGUCUGUCACUCUCACUAACCCAUCUUCCUCCUCUCCCUCUCUCUAACCCGUCUUUCUCUCUAUAUAUCCCUGUCUAAAUCCAUUUCUGUCCGUCUACCAGUGUCUCUAACCCAUCCUCCUCCUCUUCCUCUGUCUCUCUAACCAACCCUCUCUCUCUCCCUCUCUCUCUCUAGCUAACCCAUCUUUCUCUCUGUCUACCUUUCUCUCUAACCCAUCCCCCAUCCUCUCGCUCUCUCACUCUCAUUCUUACUCUCACAUUCUCUCUCUCUCUCUCUAACUACUCCACCUCUCUGUCUAUCCGCCAGACUCCAGUGCGGUGGUGAUGGAAGUGGACCACGACAGACAGCUGGUGUUCUGUGAGACCCUGUGUGUGUCCUCCCUGACGUCUCCCUCCCCACGGCAGGGCACUACCAUCUUGGGCCUACUGGGGGCACUACAGCCCAGCGAGGAGCAGGUGGCAGCCCGCCUCUCCGCCCCCGUGGUCACCACCCAGCUAGACACCAAAAACAUCGCCUUCGAGAGGUGAGAGACAGAGGGAACGAGAGAAAGAGUGUUAGCAUUGAGAUAUGUAUGAAAAGAAAGGGAGUAGAAGAAUGAUAGAGUGAGAGAGGGAUAAGGGAUGAGGAGAGGAAGAGGAGGAGAGGAAGAGGAGAGGCAGGGAGGGGGGGUCACUAAGGGCACAAGACCAGACACAUCUCUCUUGCAGGUCAGAUUGUAUGAAAAAGAAAGGGAGGAGAAUGAGAGAGAGAGAGAGAGAGAGAGAGGGGGGGGGAGGUGAGAAGGAGGGAGAGUGUAAUCAUCAUUUAUUGCUUGCUGAGUGUCACCUCUGUCGUUUUGGCAGCGUCAGGGGGAUGCUCGACGUGCUAAUAAUCCAUUUAUGAAUAUGAAUUGAAGGGAGGGAGAACACCACCUCUAAGUCAGACCUGUUGUGUCUGGCUCUGUCUGUCUGGCAGGAAUAAGACUGGCAUCCUAGGCUGGCGCAGUGAGAAGACAGAGAUGGUGAACGGGUAUGAGGCUAAGGUACAGACAUGUAGUCAUUAAUCCUUAUAUCCCUGGCUUUCAAGAUGUACAGUAUAUGAUGUAAUCUGUUUCCUGAGUGCUGGUUCUAGAGUAAGGCACUAUCAAUAUACAGAUACACUACCAGUCAAAAGUUUUAGAACACCUACUCAUUCAAGGGUUUUGCUUUAUUUUUACUAUUUUUUAGAUUGUAGAAUAAUAGUGAAGACAUCAAAACUUUUAAAUAACAUAUAUGAAAUCAUGUAGUAGCCCAAAAAGUGUUAAUAAAAUCAAAAUAUAUUUUAUAUUUGUGAUUCUUCAAACAGCCACCCUUUGCCUUGAUGACAGCUUUGCACACUCUUGGCAUUCUCUCAACCAGCUUCAUGAGAUAGUCACCUGGAAUGCAUUUCAAUUAACAGGUGUGCCUUCUUAAAAGUUAAUUUGUGGAAUGUAUUUCCUUCUUAAUGCAUUUGAGACAAUCAGUUGUGUUGUGACAAGGUAGGGGGGUGUAUAUAGAAGAUAGCCCUAUUUGGUAAAAGACCAAGUCCAUAUUAUGGCAAGAACAACUCAAAUAAGCAAAGAGAAACGACAGUCCAUCAUUACUUUAAGCCAUGAAGGUCAGUCAAUACUGAACAUUUCAAGAAUUUUGAACGUUUCUUCAAGUCGCAAAAACCAUCAAGCGCUAUGAUGAAACUGACUCUCAUGAGGACCGCCACAGGAAUGGAAGACCCAGAGUUACCUCUGCUGCAGAGGAUAAGUUCAUUAGAGUUACCAGCCUCAGAAAUUGCAGCCCAAAUAAAUGCUUCACAGAGUUCAAGUAACAGACACAUCUCAACAUCAACUGUUCAGAGGGGACUGUGUGAAUCCGGCCUUCAUGGUCAAAUUGCUGCAAAGAAACCACUACUAAAUGACACCAAUAAGAAGAAGAGACCUGCAUGGGCCAAGAAACACGAGUGAUGGACAUUAGACCGGUGAAAAAUUGUCCUUUGGUCUGGAGUCCAAAUUUGAGACUUUUGGUUCCAACCGCCGUGUCUUUGUGAGACGUGGUGUGGGUGAACGGAUGAUCUCUGCAUGUGUAGUUCCCACCGUAAAGCAUGGAGGAGGAGGUGUUAUGGUGUGGGGGUGCUUUGCUGGUGACACUGUCUGUGAUUGAUUUAGAAUUCAAGGCACACUUAACCAGCAUGGCUACCACAGCAUUCUGCAGCGAUACACCAUCCCAUCUGGUUUGGGCUUAGUGGGACUAUCAUUUGUUUUUCAACAGGACAAUGACCCAACACACCUCCAGCCUGUGUAAGGGCUAUUUUACCAAGAAGAAGAGUGAUGGAGUGCUGGAUCAGAUGACCUGGCAUCCACAAUCCCCCGACCUCAACCCAAUUGAGAUGGUUUGGGAUGAGUCGAGCAUAUGUGGGAACACCUUCAAGACUGUUGGAAAAGCAUUCCAGGUGAAGCUGGUUGAGAGAAUGCCAAGAGUGUGCAAAGCUGUCAUCAAGGCAAAGGGUCGCUAUUUGAAGAAUAUAAAAUAUAAAAUAUAAUUUGAUUUGUUUAACACUUUUUUGGUUACUACAUGAUUCCAUAUGUGUUAUUUCAUCGUUUUGAUGUCUUCACUAUUAUUCUACAAUGUAAAAAAUAAAGAAAAACCCUUGAAUGAGUAGGUGUGUUCAAACCUUUGACUGGUACUGUAUACAUAGACUCAGCAGUGAGCCCACCUCCCUACUACAUCACUAAUCUAAAGCAGUCACAGAAUUUGCGUCCCAAUUGGUACCUUCUUCCCUAUAUAGUGCACUAUUUAACCAGAGUCUCAUAACCAUGACACUCUUUUUGUCCUUGUCUUCUCUGUUAGGUGUACGGCGCCUCCAAUGUGGAACUGAUCACUCGAACCCGAACAGACCAUCUCACUGAGCCACUCAAGUCUAAGCCCAAAGGUGUCUCUCUUUGCUGAAGUUCUACAUAUUGGUUUAAAAAUCCCCUUGGUAAUCUUCCACAUCACGUCCACAUCUUGGCUUAGAUACAGUAAAAGGGCCCAAUUCAGAGCUGAGAUAUGCGUGCGCAGCACAGACUUUGGUGUAAGUCAUUCAUUGACGUCAAUGGGAGAAUUGUGUUGAGCGCGCUGAUUUCAAGUCAGAAUACAACACUAAUAAACUGGAGUGUAUUCACUAGGAAUCAAACGGAAGAAAGCGGGCUGAAACGGGGAACAACUAACCUGAACUUGUCCAAUAAGAAACGCUUGUUUUGGUUGCAAAAUAUUUAGCUAUGGUUUGCACUAAUAGACACACCCCUGUUGAGAAGCUCUGAUGUUGAUAAUUGCACAGAAGCCCCAACAAGUGGCCCUAAAGCAUUUUCCACAGUCAUUUACUUGGCCAGAGAAACCUAUUGUCCUUGUUUUUCUCCCCGCUGGGCUACCCAGCAAAGUGCUCUGCUCUCACCACCGGCCCCAACCCUCUCAAAGCCCUCCCUCUAAGAACCCAACUCCCCCAGUCCCUUACCCCAUCUCCAUCCCUCAAAUAUUGAUGAGAGACUGCAGUCGAGAAUUCUUAAGUUAGACAUAUAAAUAAUAUUAGUAGAACAGACAUUCCCACUCCCACUACCAGGUCAACAUUCCUACUAACCCUAUUUCUAUGGUCACAGACUUGUUUUGAGUUCCUCUCCUGAAUGUUCCAAUGAUGUGACCUUUUCCUCAGGCGGAAAGACGCCCCUGCAGAACUUCCUAGGGAUCGCUGAGCAACACAUGGGGCCCAACAAUGGGGUUAGUGGUCAUAGUCAUCAUUAUCAUCAUCAUCAUCCUCAUCCUCCUCCUCAUCAAUCCUAAUCAUUAUCCUCAUCCUCCUCAUUGUAUAGGGAUUUUACCUUAUAGCUACAGUGAAUCACAAGCCAACAUAGCUGUCAAUAUUGAUAUGAGUAAAGAGUUCCCCGGGAUUCUCUUCUCUCUCAAAUAUUGAUCACCAUUUUAAUUGGCUUCUGCUGGCAAACCCGCUGACAAUCUUUAUCCCCCUCUCUCAUCCUCUCGCUCUCUCUUUCUUUCUCUCUCUUAACCCUCCUUCCUUCUCCCUCUCUCUUUCUUUCUCUCUCUUAACCCUCCUUCCUUCUCCCUCUCUCUUUCUUUCUCUCUCUUAACCCUCCUUCCUUCUCCCUCUCUCUUUCGCUGUCUUUCUUCACCCUCCCUCCUUUUAUCUCUCUCUCUCUCUCUCAAUCUCUUUCACUCUGUCUCUCUUCCUCUAUACCUCCCUCCCUCCCUCCCUAUCCCCCCCUCCCCUUUUCUCAACAGGCCCUAGUGACUCAGAUGUCAAGUCCUGCCGUGACCAACCCCACAGCCCUGACAGCUGAGGAGUACUUCAAUCCCAACCUGCCCCUGGGCACCCGGGAUAUUGGCCACCCCUGUCAACUCACCACCAAGACUCAGAGGUGACAGCAACAGCCAUCACAGCCCUUAUAACAACUUCUAUGCCUGGGGCCCUUGGCUAUAAAAGCCCUGCCCAGAACCAUACAAUAUGUCUACAUCCCAAAUGGCAGCCUAUUCCCUUUAUAGUGCACUACUUUUGACCAGGGCCCAAAGUAGUGCAUUAUAUAGGGAAUAGGGUGCCAUUUUGGGACGCACUCUACAGUAUGUCUCUGGCCCUGUCAAGUGUUUUGGCUCUGGCCCAUGCAUGUACAUGUUUUCCUUCUAUCCAAUCUAUGUAUAAUGUGUGAUCUGGUAAUUGACUAUGAACCUGGAUCUCACAUCAAUAGCUGUUUAGAAUUCUGCUGGUUAUUGGAUUGAUUGUGACAAGACAACAGUGAGAUGAUGUCCCAGCCCGAUCACUAGGCUACUAGUACAUUAUCUCAUCAGUUGAAAAUAAACAUUGAGUGGCCUGAACAGAAACCCUACACACACAGUGCUUGAGAACAGUUGAUUGCCGAGUCAAUGGUGAUGCCGAUCUUUUGCAGUGCAACAAAUUACAAGACAAAAAAAUUCUCUCAGGAUUUGAUAAAUGUUAUAGGAUGAGAUAGAACUAGAGUUCCAGUCUCUCACAGUUUUUGAAAAUGCCUGUAUGAUCAACAAAGAUGCUUUCUGCGGGACACGUUACUGCAUUGCACUGUGUGUAGUACUUGUGUAAAACAGGGUGGUGUUCAUUAGGCACCUACAGUGAGGGAAAAAAGUAUUUGAUCCCCUGCUGAUUUUGUAUGUUUGCACACUGACAAAGACAUGAUCAGUCUAUACUUUUAAUGGUAGGUUUAUUUGAACAGUGAGAGACAGAAUAACAACAAAAAAAUCCAGAAAAACGCAUGUCAAAAUUUUUAUAAAUUGAUUAGCAUUUUAAUGAGGGAAAUAAGUAUUUGACCCCUCUGCAAAACAUGACUUAGUACUUGGUGGCAAAACCCUUGUUGGCAAUCACAGAGGUCAGACAUUUCUUGUAGUUGGCCACCAGGUUUGCACACAUCUCAGGAGGGAUUUUGUCCCACUCCUCUUUACAGAUCUUCUCCAAGUCAUUAAGGUUUCGAGGCUGACGUUUGGCAACUCGAACCUUCAGCUCCCUCCACAGAUUUUCUAUGGGAUUAAGGUCUGGAGACUGCCUAGGCCACUCCAGGACCUUAAUGUGCUCCUUCUUGACAUUUACAUUUACAUUUUAGUCAUUUAGCAGACGCUCUUAUCCAGAGCGACUUACAGUUAGCACAUACAUUAUUUUAUCGAACCCACAACCCUGGCGUUGCAAACGCCAUGCUCUACCAACUGAGCUACAUCCCCUGCCGGCCAUUCCCUCCCCUACCCUGGACGACGCUGGGCCAAUUGUGCGCCGCCCAUGGGUCUCCCGGUCGCGGCCGGCUACGACAGAGCCUGGAUUCGAACCAGGAUCUCUAGUGGCACAGCUAGCACUGCGAUGCAGUGCCUUAGACCACUGAGCCACUCCUUUGUUGCCUUGGCCGUGUGUUUUGGGUCAUUGUCAUGCUGGAAUACACAUCCACGACCCAUUUUCAAUGCCCUGGCCCCGUCCAUCGUCCCUUUGAUGCGGUGAAGUUGUCCUGUCCCCUUAGCAGAAAAACACCCCCAAAGCAUAAUGUUUCCACCUCCAUGUUUGACGGUGGGGAUGGUGUUCUUGGGGUCAUAGGCAGCGUUCCUCCUCCUCCAAACACGGCGAGUUGAGUUGAUGCCAAAGAGCUCAAUUUUGGUCUCAUCUGACCACAACACUUUCACCCAGUUCUCCUCUGAAUCAUUCAGAUGUUCAUUGGCAAACUUCAGACGGGCCUGUAUAUGUGCUUUCUUGUGCAGGGGGACCUUGUGGGCGCUGCAGGAUUUCAGUCCUUCACGGCGUAGUGUGUUACCAAUUGUUUUCUUGGUGACUAUGGUCCCAGCUGCCUUGAGAUCAUUGACAAGAUCCUCCCGUGUAGUUCUGGGCUGAUUCCUCACCGUUCUCAUGAUCAUCUUGCAUGGAGCCCCAGGCCGAGGGAGAUUGACAGUUCUUUUGUGUUUCUUCCAUUUGCGAAUAAUCGCACUAACUGUUGUCACCUUCUCACCAAGCUGCUUGGCGAUGGUCUUGUAGCCCAUUCCAGCCUUGUGUAGGUCUACAAUCUUGUCCCUGACAUCCUUGGAGAGUUCUUUGGUCUUGGCCAUGGUGGAGAGUUUGGAAUCUGAUUGAUUGAUUGCUUCUGUGGACAGGUGUCUUUUAUUCAGGUAACAAGCUCGUUACCUGUAUAAAAGACACCUGGGAGCCAGAAAUCUUUCUGAUUGAGAGGGGGUCAAAUACUUAUUUCCCUCAUUAAAAUGCAAAUCAAUUUAUAACAUUUUUGACAUGCGUUUUUCUGGAUUUUGUUGUUGUUAUUCUGUCUCUCACUGUUCAAAUAAACCUACCAUUAAAAGUAUAGACUGAUCAUUUCAUCGUCAGUGGGCAAACGUACAAAAUCAGCAGGGGAUCUAACACUUUUUUCCCUCACUGUAACUGAAAACAAAUUAAACAGGGAGGGACUACUCUUCAUUUUACGUUUCCAAACAUUUUGCUACGGUGAGCCCUACUGAACAAGAGUCAGGUAUAUUGUAAAAUAUACAUACAUACAUGUUUCCCGGUUUCCUCAGGUUCAAGGCUAAGCUGUGGCUGUGUGAGUCCCAUCCUCUGUCCCUAGCGGAGCAAGUGGCACCCAUCAUUGACCUCAUGGCCAUCUCCAAUGCCCUCUUCGCCAAGCUCAGGGACUUCAUUACCCUGCGACUGCCCCCUGGCUUCCCUGUCAAGAUCGGUGAGGGAGUAGAGUACACUCUUAUAACCAGAUAGUUUGCUCUGCAUCCUAGAGACUUGGCACAUCAUGGUAGUGAGAGUGGAGAGAAAGCGAGAGGGGGAGAUUAUCAAAAGUAGACCAGUGGUUUAAGGUACUUAUGUAAAAAAACUUUAAAGUACUACUUAAGUCGAAAAUUGUGCCGUCUGGUUUCCUUAAUAUAAGGAAUUUGAAAUUAUUUAUUAUUUUGAUACUUAAGUAUAUUUUAGGAAUUACAUUUACUUUUGAUACUUAAGUAUAUUUACUUUUACUCAAGUAGUAUUUUACUGGGUGACUUUCACUUUUACUUCAGUCAUUUUCUAUUAAGGUAUCGUUACUUUUACUCAAGAAUGACAAUUGGGUACUUUUUCAACCAACAAAAGUUGACCCACCUGUCCUUAUGUCAGGUUUGGCAUUCUGGCUACUCCUUAAAUUCAUUCAGAUGCUGCCUCAAAUAUGGUUAAUUGGGAUUUGCCCAAAAUGUGGUCUUUUGAACUUUUAACAUGUUUGGAAUAUUUACACCUAUUGCACAUUAAUUAUGAAUCCAGUGAUAAUCGUAAAUCCUAAACAUCUCUGUCACUUCUCUUCCUCUUCUCAGAAAUUCCCAUCUAUCACAUCCUGAAUGCCCGGAUCACCUUUGGGAACCUGAACGGGUGCGAGGAGGGGUCGGUGACGGGGCCGGGCCAGGUGGAGGGGGAGGUGGACGGACAGAAGGACAGCAGCCCCAGGACUGACACAGACACCCCCUCCCCAGGCAGCGACUCUUCUAGUGUCUCCAGCUCCAGCUCCACGAGUGAGAAACACACACAACCCCCCCCACCCCCCAAACACACACACACUCAAAGACACACACACAUACACUCUAGUGGAGGCUGCUGAGGGGAGGACGGCUCAUAAUAAUGCUGUAACGGAGCAAAUUAAAGGCAUCAAACACAUGGUAACCAUGUGUUUGAUGUAUUUGAUACCAUUCCACUAUUCCGCUCCAGCGAUUACCAUGAGCCCGUCCUCCCCAAUUAAGGGGUUGAUUGGACAGGAAAAACGUUUGACUCAUAAUAACAUAACAUAAGGGUCGUUCUUGAAUUGAGGUGGGAUUUGGGCAUGACAUUUUGGAAAAAUAUGAACUUCCUUUUUAUUUAAAUAUAUUUGGAAACAUUUUCCCAUUUUAAAUACAUCUAAUAUGGCAGCUUAAUUACUUUAAAUAUGUUUGACCAUUAUGAUAACAUUGUGCCACCAGUAGGAGUAGUAACACCAAUGAUGGUAAAACGACCAAUGACACAUUUUAGGUAAUUGAGGAUUUUAUUAAAUGGAGACCACAGCUCAAAUCUAACUCUUAGAUGUUAAGUCCCCCAUAUGGUUCUGGACCGGUUCCGACUGACAUUUUGGUGUACAAAGCAUUCUGUGAACGCCGUAGGGUCCGUACCUUAUAGCACCAAAAAGGCCCAUCUGUCUGCUCUCCGUUUUCACUCCCCCAGCGGAGCUAUAUUUAGAAAACAUUUCAGUCAUUUCAAGCUCUAUUGCCCCACUUUUGUUGAAUAGGAAAAAAAUCAUAAAUGUUUUCUCAUAUUUUCAUAAUAUUUCUACUAUGUGCUUGAGGUUGUGUCCUCAAAUGUGAGUACACCUCAGCAAUUUAUAACUAUUAUUACCAGAAAGGUGAGUUCCAGACCUUUCUAAAACUAUGCAGCAUUACCAGUUGUUGUUUAUGGCCAUCUCAUGAAAAAUAAUUACGUUUGGGCAUGUCUAUUUAGGCAGAAAUCAAAAUGUUUCCCUAUCAUUCAAGAGUAAUUAACCUUUAAAAAAUAAUUUACUAAAUAAUAUGAUUAAUCAUUUUGCUCACAAUGUAAUUUUCCCUUCAUUUAAAUUGAGUACCACCAAUGACACUUUGUAUUUAAACAUUACCAAAUUAUCAUUAGAAUCCUCAAAUGUAUGACAUUCUAAAAGGGUGUGAUUAGCUAAUAAUUGUUCUUUAAUAUAAACCCCUCCCCCGAUAACCGUUUGCCACUGAAGGGGGUACUCAAGGUCCUUGUGUAUCUUUGUAAUGGAUCUUUGUAAUAAGUGAAUUUAAAGGCUGUAACACCAAUGACAUAAAACUUAGUGACACGUUAUAUUUUUUAAAUAAGGUAUUUUAAUAGCCUUCUUUGUUUUUUAUUGGACUUUACAAUAUAUAAAAUACUUUUGUUUACUUUUUAGCAUUCAAAAUAAUAGAUAGAUAUCUCUAUCCCAAAAACAUGUCACUACAACUCUGCACAUCGCUACUUGGACAAGCCAAUUUGAUUGUUCUAAGUACUUUAAACAAUGCAUAAACAUAAAGGACUUCCAUUAUGUUGUAUCACUGAUUAACUGUUUAAAAUUCCAAAUAGUUACACAUUAUACAUGUUUUGUUUAUUUUAAACUGUUUUUGCUAAGGCAAGGGACGCAAAUGCCACAGCAAUUCAAGAAUGACCCAUAACAUCCCUCCUGUCCUGUGUCUCAUGCAGCGUCGUGUCGUGGAGGGGAGAUCCCCCCGUGUGUGUUCGAGCCCCCUCAGGGUUAUACUGUCCUGGGAGGCAACCAGAGGGACAACAACAUGCGUGGUGAUGAGGAGGAGGACCUGCUGCAGUUUGCCAUCCAACAGAGUCUGCUGGAGGCUGGCUCCGAGUAUGACCAGGUCAGACUCACUCUGGCCCCUCAUAGGGCUUACUGCCAUCUCAAAACCUGGCUCGUGUUCAUUAAAGAACACAAAGGAAUACGUUGGAAAAAAUGUUACAAUGGAAAAUGUCCAUGUAGUCCCUACAUGUUUUAGUUUGUUUCCUGCCAUUUGGUGCCUAAUGAACACGAAGUAUGGUAUGAUGGUAGUCCUCUUCGUUCCUAAGUGGAACAUAAGGCAUGGUAUGGUUGUUUUGUAACCUUAACUCUAAAGUAAUACCAUAUUUCGGGGGCUCGUUCGGGAUGUUAAUCAACUACAGGCACAUCGCAUUAGUAGUGUGUACAGUUUGCAAAGAGCUACAAAUGCCAGAUACACUGUAAAGACAUGUUGUAAGUCUAUCCUAUCAGCUAGCUAGACAAACAGUUGACUCAGUAUCCUAGGGCAUAAUCCAGUGUCAACAUUGAGAUUGAAACAUUAAAAUGACAAGAGCGUUUGGUGAGCCUUCUUGUUGACUUGAUUGACUAUCUCUCUGACUCUGUCUGUCUACUUUCUGGUGUGCAUAUAGGUGACCAUCUGGGAGGCCCUGACCAACAGCAAGCCCAGCACACGUACUGUUCCCUGUGACCCCAGUCGGCUGCAAAGGUCUGCACUUUCUCUGCACUCGACUUGCUAUCCUACUCAGCCUUUGUUUGCUUUAGCCUUGGCUCGCCAUUCUCCAGCACACUGGAGGCUAGAGAGCUUCCUGGCUGCAUUCACAGCACACAAUUUCACUGUUGACUCACUCCCAUUCAUGCACACACUGUUGUCUUUGCCUGCACUCCCUGCACCUCAUACACUAGAUACACUCUGAGUGACAGGCCCCCACCUCAUACAGUAGAUACACUCUGAGUGACUGGCCCCCACCUCAUACAGUAGAUACACUCUGAGUGACUGGCCCCCACCUCAUACAGUAGAUACACUCUGAGUGACUGGCCCCCACCUCAUACAGUAGAUACACUCUGAGUGACUGGCCCCCACCUCAUACAGUAGAUACACUCUGAGUGACUGGCCCCCACCUCAUACAGUAGAUACACUCUGAGUGACUGGCCCCCACCUCAUACAGUAGAUACACUCUGAGUGACUGGCCCCCACCUCAUACAGUAGAUACACUCUGAGUGACUGGCCCCCAGUUCAUACAGUAGAUACAUUCUGAGUGACUGGCCCCCACCUUAUACAGUAGAUACACUCGGAGUGACUGGCCCCCACUGAUAUACAGUAGAUCUGCCUCUCUCCUGCAUGCCCUCACUGGAAACAAUACACUGGAUGCUACAUAAACUCAAACUAGCACAAUUUAGUGUUGUGUGUGUGUGUGUUUGGUUUUACUAUCCUUGUGAGGACCAGAAGUCCUCACAUGGAUAGUAAAACAAGGAAAAUUCAGACAAGUGGGGACAUUUCACCAGUCCCCACAAGGAAAAAGGCUCAGGGGUUAGGUUUAGGGUUACAAUUAGGGUUAGGGGUUAUGGUUAAGUUUAGGGUUUGGGGUUAAGGUUAGGGGUUAGGGAAAAUUACGAUUUUGAAUGGGAAUCAAUUGUUUUGUCCUCAAAAGGAUAGUAAAACAAACGUGUUUGUGGGUGUGUGUGUAUUUGCAUGCACACGACAACCCCUCUUUCUUACUCAAAUUAUGUCCUGUCAAAAUAAAUCUAGGUCCAGCAUAUUUUUCAACCAUUUCCACUGUCACUGUCAAUUCCUCAAUUCUCCUUACACAAUAACCAGGUUUCCCAACCCCAUUGUCUCCUCCCACCCACCCUCCUCCUCCAGGACUCCCCAGCACAGGCCUUGCCCUCCAGCCAGUCUCUGUAACACGCCCACCAAGAAGCCCCCCACAGCCUGCAGCUACGACCAGCAGCUCCGCCUGGCCAUGGAGCUGUCGGCUCGGGAGCAGGAAGAGGCCGAGCUACAGCGACGGCAAGAGGAGGAGGAGCUGCAGCGGAUCAUCCAGCUGUCACUCAUGGAGAAAUGA